AUGAGGCCCAUUAGCAUUCAGCCUGUUGCUUUGAUGAUUGCUGAGUCUGUUAUUUAUCAGCAGCUUAGUGAAUUUAUUAAUUCCAAAAACACCAUACCACCGGUUCAAUCAGGUUUUCAUCAUAUAAUUAGCAAUAUAGAUUUAGGAAAUUUAACUUCUGUAACGUUAUUAGACUUAACCAAAGCGUUCGACUCAUUGAACAUAGACUGUUUAUUAGAAAAGCUCUACUAUUAUGGUAUCUCAACAGAAGCUCAGAACCCCUUACGACCUCUAACUGAACACUUAGAAACCAACAUCUAUGAAGUUUUCGAAAAAGACCAAAUCAAAUACACCACAUAUCAAAACGCGAUCCAGAAAGCCCUAGAAGACGUACCCGCGGAUGUCACCAUUCCCACGAUCAUGGUAGUGGGGGCGGGGCGCGGCCCCCUUGUACAAGCUGCCUUAAACGUCUCCUACAUCCUCCACAGAAAAGUCAAAGUCUACGCUGUUGAAAAAAACCCCUACGCUAUAAACACCCUAAUUGACAGAGUCAAACACGAGUGGAGCGACCAAGUCACUCUGAUUAACGACGACAUGAGAGUGUACGAGCCCCCGGAGAAAGCCGACAUUCUGGUGUCCGAGCUCCUGGGGUCCUUCGGCGACAACGAACUGUCGCCGGAGUGUCUCGACGGGGCCCAACGCUUUCUCAAGAGGAACGGAAUCUCCAUACCUUGUUCGUACACGUCGUAUUUAGCCCCGCUUCAAAGCAUCAAGAUUUUUAACGAAAUUAGAAAUAACAGACCCGCGGAUAAAACACUGAAGACGUGCUACGAGACUCCGUAUGUUAUUCAUCUGGUUAAUUACUACCAGAUCGCUCCUGCGCAGGCGCUGUUUAAGUUUGAGCACCCGAACUGGAGUGACGUCAUCAACAAUGAGAGGUAUAAGAAGUUGAGGUUUAAUUGCACGCAGACGUGCAUUCUGACGGGUUUCGUGGGCUUUUUUGAUACGGUUUUGUACAAAGACGUGACGCUGAGUAUCCAUCCGGAAACGCACACCCAUGAGAUGGUCAGUUGGUUCCCGAUUGUGUUCCCGCUGAUGGAACCUCUGAAAGUGAGUGGCGGCUCUGUCAUUGAAAUCUCCUUCUGGAGGGUGGAAAAUCAGGACAAAGUUUGGUAUGAGUGGUGUUUGGAGUCGCCCGCCAAAACCUGCAUCAUGAACCCGGGAGGGAGGUCAUAUUCCAUCAAAAAGCACUAAUUACUUGCUAUUUUUAUAUAAAUAAAUUUUCAUUGCAGUUGGAA